GAAACAGAGGCUCCGUCCAGCUGCAGCUGAAGCUGAAGCUGAAGCGUCCUGCAGAGGAAACAUCUCCGGCACUAAAGAGGCUUUCAGGACCCAGAGAGGGAGACAGAUGCCCAUCUGCAGCAUGCUGGAGAAAAGCAACGGGGUGGUGGUGGGAGCAGAGCUGACCUGCAGCGUCCGGGAGGAGAACAAGGCCAAGAAGGAGACCUACAGCGCUGACUGGAACAGUGUUGGUCUGAAAACACGGCCUGAGGACAGACAGACCCUGAAUAUGAACGACGACUCCCGCAGAGAGACCCUGUCCCGGCAGUGGCAGUGCCGCUCCCUGAUCCAGACCUGUCCCUCCGGGGUCUUCAGGGUGGGCACCGUGGAAAGAGGGGUGAGCGAGCACCAGCUGCUGCCCAGGAGGAGCACCCUCCCGCUGCCCAUCUUCAGCCCCGCCGAGCUGGGCGUCAGGCUGGGGCGCGGGGCCCCCCACACCGAGCAGGACCUGCAGCCCUGCCACACCCCGGACGGAGUCUGUCCCGGCAAGAGGUCCGUGGACGAAAUCACCCGGGACCUGCCGCCCGUCAAGCCCGUCUUUAUGGAGUUCGUUAAAGUCCCCAAAGCCCUGGGUCGCUCCAUGUCCCAGGAGGCCCAGAGGGGCUGAGAGGAGGAGGAGGAGGAUCAUCGUCAUGUAGACUCAACUCUACUGACAUUUUUCAGAAAAUUAUCAGUUUUAAUGUUGGUAUUUCCUGUAUUUAUCACUGUGACAGAGAGGAUAGAUGAAGAGCUCUUAUUGUGAAGCUUGCACUCAUGCACUUUUAUUUUGAAAAGUGCCAAUUUUAAGACAGGAUUGUUUUGGAUAUAUGGCAACACGUGUACGAUAGAGAAGUUUAAAUGUGUACGGAAAGAUGGGAAGAGGUGGAGGAUGGCUAGAGGAAGUGUGAGGGAGGAGGGAGGAGAGGAGGGGGAGGAGGGAGGAGAGGAGGGGGGGAACAUAAUGUUUGACUUGGUUCUCCUCCAGAAGCUUCUGCCAGCUUCUGAUCUGUGUGGAGAGAACAGAAUGCGCUGGCACUGUCACACACUGUUGGUGUUCAGAGUGUGUGUUUCUAUGUGUGUGUGGACUGUCAAACACCUAGACUGACCCACAACAACACACUUGUUUUACUGUUUGUUAGAUCCUUGACACUCUUCGGUGUUCAGGCAUGUAAAUGAAUUGAAAAUGUGUGAAUAUAUUAUUCUUUUUUUCUUAGAAAUGUGUUAUUUUUACGAAUAAAAUAAAAAAUUACUCUUA